AUGGUUAUUGCACUUCUAGCCUUCGGAACUAUAAUCGCGUUCAAUUACAUGGUAAAGGAACAAGCUUCCAUCCUCAAUUGGGAACGGCGGAGGCAGGAUCAGCUUCAAGCCUCCAAUUUUUACCGAUUACUUUAUGUGGAUGAGGCGGCAUGGCGACGAGGUACUGCACCUGUUUCGACAGGAUAG